GACUCGUGAGUUAAUGAAAUUAUAUGGUCGUUGUGUUUCUGUCCGUAAAAUAUAUCUGUUUUUGAUAGAAACAUGUGGUUAAUGGAUUGUGACAGUUUUGCUGAACUUUGUCGGGGGUACUUGCCAUAUUAUUUACUAAUAUUUUUGCCCAUCUUUAUCAUCAUUUCGCCGGUCAAUCCUGUGACUGCCUCCCACGAGUUUCCUGUGUAUCGUAUGCAACAGUAUGACUUGCAUGGGAUUCCGCAUGAUCUUAUUUCUUUCAAGGCUGGGUAAGGAAGCAAAUAUAUGUUCAGCUAAAUAGGACGCGUUGCAUAUUGUAUCUAGUGAGUGAAAA